CACAUAUGGUCCCAGCUACUAGGGAGGCUCAGGCAGGAGAGUUGCUUGAGCCCAGGAGAUUGAGGUUGCAGAGAGUUAUGAUGAGUCCACUGCACUCUAAACUCUAAUCAGGGCAACAGAACAAGACACUGUCACAAAAAAAAAGGAAGAAAGGAAAGGAAAGGAAAGGAAAGGAAAGGAAAGGAAAGGAAAGGAAAGGAAAGGAAAGGAAAGGAAAGGAAAGGAAAGGAAAAGUUAGUUCCAUCAGGUUCCAGUUCUGUGAGUCCCAAUCUGUCCGUGUUUGUCUGCGGUAGGUUGCACCGUGCAUGUCCCCAGGGGGACAGCGAUGUCUGGGGCUGAGCGCUGGGUGGAGGUCGGGGAGUGGAAGAUGGAGGGAUGGGAGAUGAAGGUCGGUGUCAGGGGAGCAGAGUGGGGAGGAGGGACAAGUCAACUUCGCUUCUCCUCCCAGGGUCCAGAACAGGGGACCCAGACUCUGGGGACACAGCACCACACAAGUCAUGUCCUGGUCGGUGGAGGUAGAAUUCAUUCCUCUCCUGUUCACCUGGGCCUGGCCUCACCUCCUGGGAUGGCUCACACUCAGUGUCCACACUGCGCUGUACCCCACAGAGCCUGUGUCCUCCUCUCCUCUCCCGCCCAUGCCUGGGUUUUCCUUCCUGCACCAGCUUCUCCCUGGGCGUCUGCUGCCGCCUAGGUCAGUGCCCCCCUGCUCCUGCUCCAGGCAGCUGCCCCUGUGGUCGCCGCCCCUUCUCAAUCUCUGGCCUCACUGGGCUCUGCCAUGGCCACGUGUUCUGAGCCUUGAUCCCUGUGAGGGGGGAAGGGUGGAGAUGAGAUUGGCGCUGUCCAUGGUGCUGCACUGUCUGGACAGCUUGAUCCUGAGGGACGCCGCUGUGUCAGCAGGGAGGAGGCCCCAGGAUGGAGCUGUGUCUCAAGGGUGCCCGGAUCACGUCCAGUGCGGGCUGGACCUGUGAACUGCAGGGACCCAGCUCUGGCUCAUCGAUCAGCUCUUCCAGCUCAGCUGACUCUCUUGCAUUGUCCCUGACCCAGGGCUAGAGUCCUCCUCACGAUGUCCAGAUGGCCAGAGCUGUGUGUGGACACCUAGCAGAGGUAGGGACACUGUUUCAGGGCAUACACAAUGCAAGAGGGAGCCACUCCCAGAGCAACAAUGUGAAUCGCUGGGGAAGGGCCAAGAUUGCCACAGUGCAUGACCUGAAUUAACUGCAGGGAUGGCUCUGUUGCCAUCUUUCCCUUUCUAUUCAUUCAUUUAUUCAGUCAACAAGCAUUUAUCAAGCACCCUCUACUAUAUGCCAUGUAGGGGGUGUAGACACAGUAGGAGAUCAGACAAACAUGUCCCCACCCAUGUAGCAAAACAAGAAACUUGCAAACACAAAUAAAGAUGGAAUGUAUAGAGAUGUCAAAAAUAAACAUAUAGUUGCAAGUUACAAAUUCAUUUCUCUUUCUCCACGAUACAAUACGUGCUCUCACCCUCCGUCUUCGGCCUGUCCUCUCUCUGUCACACACACCCCCCUCUUCCCUCUGCAGUCACUGGCAGACACCCCUCAUUCCCUCCUGUCUCCCUCCUACCUACCCAGUGUGCUGGAGCUGGUUUGUACGGGCCUGUGAAAGCUGAGGUUGAAUAGCUAGGAAUUUUCCCAGCUGGGUAUUAAACUGUCGAUAGCUUAAAAUCAGACACGUUGGGAAUAUUUACACCACAGAAAUAGGCCAGCAUGACAAGGCAGGGUUUGCUGAUGUUUUUCUGAAGAGCUGGCUUUCCAGUCCCCACGGGCCCCACCUGUUUCCAGCAAAGAAACGUUGCUCUGUCGGGACACAUCUUCAUUCCUCAGCCCACAUCUGUCUCCACUCCCACCUCUCCCCAGGCCACACCUUAAUCUUUCCUGGGGGACAAGGAAGUGGGGGCUCAGGGCCCAUGCUGUGCCGAGAGGGGACAGGACAGAAGAGGAAGCCUGAACCAAAGUCAUGAAAGGGGAAAUGGAAAGGAAAGCCACAUAGGAAGGAAAGAGAACCAAGAGGGAGGAGUAGCCAGGCAGUGCAGGCUGGGGCAGGAAGACUGUGGGGACCGGCCAGUGCCCCCGGCACAGUGUCCACACAGGCAGUUGGGCCACUUCCCCACCUGAAGCCAGAAGUGGCCGUGGGGCCAGGAGGGGUGAGGAAACUGCCUUCCCAAAUGCUGUGACACUGGGUGGGGGUGGGGACUUCAAAGCUGGCACAGAGGCCCAGGCAUCCAGACCAGGGGGCCCUGGAGUCAGGCUGCCUCAGUUUCCAAUUGUGCGGGGAGCUGGGCCUGGACCCCCAGGUCUGAGGGAGGAGGGGCCCUGGUACCAGGCCCUUCAAGCAUUUGAGACUGAGGGUUCGGCCCAGGCCUCGGUUUAGCAAGGCCUUGCCCUCCCCACCCCUUUCCUGGCUGCUGGGUCAGGGGACGUAUAAAGGGCUUGUUUCCUGGUUGGAAGAGCAGUAGGGAACUUUCUGCUACACACCGGUCAUGAGCUCUGCCCUCCUGCUGGCCCUCCUGGGGGUCACCCUCACGCUGCCCGGGGUGCAGGCCCUGCUCUGCCAGCUGCUGAGACAUAAUUCCGUGUUCAACGUAUCGGCCCUGCCCGUCCAAUGGACAGCUGAACAGGAACAAUGUGGCAGCGGCGAGGGCUGCCAAGACACGCUGAUGAUCAUUGAGAAUGGACCACAGGCGAUGGUGGUGAUCAGCAAGGGCUGCACUAAGGGGGAGGACCACGAGGCCCGCGUCACCCUGCACAGGACAGGCCCCGGCCUCUCCGUGGUCUCCUACACCCACGUGUGCCGCGAGGCGGACCUCUGCAACGACCUCUCCAACAGCGCUCCGGUCUGGGCCCCGCCCCUCCAGACAGCGCCAGGGCCCUUGCGGUGCCCAGCCUGCCUUUCUACAGACAGCUGUGCGGGGGAUGUGACAGAGGCCUGUCCCGAGGGGAGCACACACUGCUACAGUGGAGUCCUCCGGCUGGUGGGAGGGAAAAUCUUCACCAGACUGCAAGUGCAGGGAUGCAUGUCCCAACCAGGCUGCAACCUGCUCAACGGGACCCGGGACAUCGGGCCCAUAGAAUCGAGGGAGAGCUGCAAUGUCAAAGAGCCACAGCCAGUGGCACAGCCCUCCAUCCACGCCAGCAGCAGCACAGUCACGGAGGACAAGGACUCUGUGGUCCUGACCUGCCUCACAAGUGACACUGGAAUCUCCAUCCGGUGGAUUUUCAACCACCAAAGUCUGCAGGUGACAGAGAGGAUGCAGCUGUCCCAGGACAACAUCAGUCUCAGCAUAAACCCUGUGGAGAGGGGGGAUGCCGGGGAGUAUCAGUGUGAGGUUCAACCCUAGGUGAGUGAGCACCGGGAGGCUGAGCCCAUCCUGGCCGCAGAGGCAAUCAGGAGUCAGCACGGGUCUCUCCAGCCUGAGCCCCUGCUCUGCCCUCCCUGUCCCCGACUAACCAAGAGCACAGGUCCCUCCACCCAGGACACAGGGGAGCCUGACACUGCACACCUCCAGGAGGGACAGUUCCCUCUGGGACUCUGGGGUCCUGGAAGCUGUGACCAGGCUAAACCCAAUGAGAGAGGGAGGGUCCCUGUCACCAAUCGUCACUCAGCUUGCCCGAUGCAUGGCGGGGUGCAAUCCCUGUGACAGGCUUCCUGGUGGAGGCCCCACCCUGCUCCUGCUCUGAGGAACCAGGUGGGGACGGGAGAGGGCAGCAGGGGUGGGGCUCCCGGUGCACCCCGACGCGGAGCCGUGGGGACCACAGGACGCUGAGGGCGCAGGGCUGUGCUCACCCAACUAACAGGAUGCAUAUGUGUGUGUGUCUAUAUCUGUGUUUGUGUGUGUGUCUGCCUUUGUGUGUGUGUGUGUUAUACGUGU